UCUCCCUCUCUCUCUCUCUCGUAAAGUUUUCCACCUUCUUUCAUCUCUGUGAAUUAUUUUUCCUCCCUUUCCCCAAAUCCAUCCCCCCUUCUUUCACUUGUCGUUCUUCUGUGUUCUUCCUUCCCUUGCAGUAGGCAGAUAAAAACCCUCUUCGUCUGCUCUUGUCAUCAUCAGAGAUGAUCUAAUGAAGAAGAAGGCUGAUGAGCUAGUUGAAGUUAAAAGUUUCAUCCUUUCUUGAUCUUCCUGAUGUACACUUCAUCUAGCUUGAAGAAGUAGAUGCUGCUGCUGCUGGAGUUUUUUUUUUUUGGUUCAAACCAAGCAUCUUUUUCUGUGUUUGGGUUUGGGUCCCCUCCUGUGGUGGAGAAGGAGUACUUUGUUUUGUUGGUAGUGGUGGUGGUGGGGUUUUGGUUUCAUGGAGGAGUGAAUGAAUCAAAGCUGCCAAUAAUCAAAUUAGCACAGUUUCUAGACCAAAGUUUGAAAAAAGAAGAAGAGAGAAGUAGAUAAGUAAGCAGAGGAAGAGGACUUCAUUUGAUUUUGUGUACAUGCUGAAGUUAAAGAUAAGGAGGCCUAAGAGCAGCAGCUGCAACAGACGCUGCAAUAAGGUGAAGGAGAUCAAGACGAAGAAGCUGUUGCUUGUGACUACUGUUGUUGUGGCAACAACAGCAGCACAAGAAGAGAGAAGUUUAGCAUCAGAUGUUAUCAUCCAUUGAUCAAAACCUGCUUCAACCACCAGAUCCCUCAUCACCUCAUGUUCUUCCCUCCCAAUUCUCUAUUUCUCCUUCUCCCUCCUCUACUUCUUCUUCUCCUUCCUCAAAGCCUUUGGUGCCUCAGCUGCAGCAGCCGGUCUCGUCGCCUGAGCUCGAGAUAGAGGCAGAUCUACCAAACCCACUUCAUAGUUUCUCCAUAAGAGAUUAUGUGUUCACAGCACGAAGCAAGGACAUCAAAACUAACUGGCCAUUCUCAUUGAAGAACCUACAGCUUUGUUUGAACCAUGGCUUGACAGAAGUUUUGCCACCAUUUCAGCCUCUUGAUACCAUAAGGAAUCUUCAAAGUUUCGGCAGAUCACGCACAGUUAAAGAACCACCCAUUACUACCAUCGUUGACAAAGUUAAUACAAGCAAAUUCAAUAAUAAGAAGAAUGACGGGUUGAUAGAGCCAUCAUCUGACGAUACAGAUAUGGUUGUGAAGUUGACAGAGAAACAAGUUGAUACAAUAAGUUCAUGUAGACAUGCCGAAGUAGAUGGUAACUCAUUCCCAUCUUUGACAACAACUGCUACUACUAGUGACGUAGAAUCACUUCCCAAAGCAUCGUUGAGAGCCUCGAAGAAGUGCAGGCUGGUAGUGAAAUUUGGUGAUCGUGGUGUCUCGGGAGAAUACAUUGCUUCAACUAGUACUACUGUUACGCCUAUAGUAUCUGAAUCAUCAUCUAUGAUGGCUUCAAAAGUCUGCCCGGUGUGCAAGACUUUCUCUUCGUCGUCAAACACUACACUAAAUGCUCACAUUGAUCAGUGCCUUGCUGUGGAGUCUUCUUCGACACUGUCCAAAUGGAGAAUAGAUGAUGAUGAUGAUGAUCAAUCGAAGGUGGUAAAACAUCAUCAUAGGGUGAAGCCGAGGAGGACAAGAGUGAUGGUUGAUAUAUACAAGACGGCUCCCCGUUGCACGUUGGAAGAGCUCGAUCGACGAAAUGGGAGGCUUUCAAGCUUGUCAACGGAGGAGGUUGAUGAUGAUGAGACAACGUGUCUGGAAGGAAAAAGUGAGAGGUUAAAACCAGUUCGAGCUGAGAAAAUUCUUGGUGAUGUUGGACCGGUGUAUAUUGAUGAGAGCGGGACCAAGGUGAGGAUUUUGUCGUCCAAGUUUGAUGAGGUUUCUCUAGUAGUGGCGAGAGUAGUAGGGGAGAGUGGGGUUCGGAUGAAGAAGAACAAGAAGAAUAAAUGUUUGAGAGGAAGUAAAAACAUGGUGGUUAUGAAGAAGAGGAAGAGUCUUGUUCAUAAGCAUAAGAAGUAUCUGAAACUUGCAGCUCAAAGCAAGAAGCUUUUCUCAGAUAAAACGACUUGUUCUUCCCAGAUUGGUGGAAACCAUGAGCAGCCUGCCAAUCUGAGAGCAUUUUCUGAUAAGGAGCUUCUUGCCUCUCAACAACAAAUCACGCCUGGUAAUAAUUCCGGGAAUCUAAGACCAUGGGUUUGUUCCAAACCCAGAGGUAUUCCGAAAAAGAUUAACAACCACCACCAAGAGGGUCACCAGCAACAGCAACCUCCUAUAAGAAGUCAAUGGCAUUCCCCUCUUGUGGAAUCUGAUGACCAGUCAUUUCCUGUUGGCGAUUCUAGUGAAGAGAGCACAGGUAUUCAGAAGUUCACGAAUCUUUCAGAGAAUCUGGCUUUUCGUCACGAGAGGAUUGAGAAGAACAAAGUCCAGCAGGAAGUUAGCAUCAAAAGGAAACGUGGGAGACCCUUGUCUAGGAGGCCUGUCAUUACUGGCAAUGAAGAUGUGGGGAAGUCUUUCAGUUCAAUGAAGCAGAAGUUUGUCGAAUCAAAUAGACAUUACCAUUGUGAUCGUUCGUUGAAACCGUCAUAUACUUGCAAGAAUAACACGAUGGGUAAGGUGUCAAGCGAUCAUUCUGUUGUUGAGGCAGGAAAGAAAAAGAUUAAGAAAGGAUCCAACUUUAAGGAGCCUCAGGUUCAUUUGAUCGAUGGAAGACGGGAUGAGUUGUUAGCAGGCAAUAAUGAGGUGGAUCAACAACUUGAUUUGAUGCAUGAUCAUAGAGAGUAUCAACUUGAGAGUGAUGUAGUAACUGAAGAACUGGCUUGUGGUGAUAGUAAUGCUAUGACUGAAUCCAGGCAAAUUGAAGGGAUUAUGAUAUGCAAUAACUUGCAAGGGAAGGAACGAUUGGGUUUGAACAGCUUGGAUUCUGUAUCUCCUGGUUUUGACUCGACUAGAGAACUGGUUCAUGGAGACGGCAUUGUCAAUGAAUCACUGUCCAAGACUACAGAUGGAAUGCAUGAUGGUGCUAGUUUGAGUAAGUCCAUUGACGCGGUAUUUUAUUCGGUGAAGGACGCUUCAAAACUAUCUAUGGAAGAUUACAGGGGGUUUCUAAGUGGGUCUGACGCACCAACUGAUUCUGCUGAGCCAGAUUUUGUGAACGAACACGAAAUGGAAAUGGACACAGAAUUUGAUUCUGAAGAAGCUGAAGAUGGAGGAAUGGGCUCCUUUCCUGAGGUCGAUCCAAUUCCUAUCCCUGGUCCCCCAGGCUCGUUCUUGCCAAGCCCCAGGGACAUGGGAGGAUCAGAUGAUUUUCAAGGGAACUCAUCAGUGACCACCACCAGCCGAGCUCAGUCGUCUCUUGAUCUUGGUAAUGUUGUUGAUAAAGAUUCUUCAGAAUCUCCUAUUUCUGCUGCCUCAAGCAUCUCCAACUCUACUACUGCAGCACACAAUGGAUGUGCGCUUGAUUUUGUUGAAAGCAAGAGAUCAUUAGGCUCAACGGCUGUUACAAGUAGUGACAUCGAGCCUCUUGUGCAAAAUGAAGACGAUCUUCCAGUGAGCAAGUCAUGCAUUUUAAAGGAGCUAAAUAUGAGAUUUGAUAGAAACCAUCUCGAUAAGGGAUCAUUCACUGUGAGAAAUGAUGAUCAUCAUCAGCCAUGUUGCUGUCAAAGGAAAGAGAGAGUACCACUUGCUCCAGCCAGUAUUGUGCUGAACCAGCAUGAUUCUUCUUUGCUGCUUCGACGACGAAAAAUGGCUGCUGCUUUAAUGACGACAGAUAAUCCUGGUGGUGAACCAAAAGGCUGCAGCAGUUCAUUGAUCCCCGAGUCGUCUAGUACAUUUGACACGAGAACUGAAUAUGCUCCUCCUGGCUCUUGUCCUACUUCAGGUGCUGAUAAUGUGGGUUUCCAGGUCAUUAAACCUCAUGUGAUUCCCUCGAUGGACUAUGAAUCGAGUAGUCCGUCAACUCCCAAUCCAGUGCUGAGGCUGAUGGGAAAGAACUUGAUGGUUGUCAACAAGGAAGAUGAAGCACCCAAGCCUACAUAUUUGCAGCAGCAGCAGCUGGCAUUAUUAUGUCAUCCUCAGAAUCACUAUUCGGCUGAUCCUAAAUUCCCAACGUUUGCCACAAUUGGAAAUGUCCUGAAUCACGAGCCUCAUUCAUUGAACCAGAUGGUUCCUCGUUCCCAUUCAUCGGUAGUUUUCCCUAGCAAUCUGCAUCAUGUGAGUCCUUACUCGAACAUUGGGUUGGCCAAUGCUGCAGCUGUUCAUCUACCUAAUGGCAUGUCCCGGAACUAUCCUCCACAAUGCAAUCCACUGGCAACUAGUGCAUACUUAUCACCAGCUCCCCGCUGCACAAAAGAGGUUAUCAUCAUCGAUGAUGAUCCUGAAAGGGUGCAUCCCAUGAUGGCCAAUAAGCUUAUUUCAAAAUAUGGUGAAGGCACUAGUAUUAGAGAGAAUAAGAACCAUGUCAUCUCAUCAGGCAGCAUGUACCUGCCAGGAGGAAUGCAGAGUAAUUAUAUCCCGAUUCACAUGCGCCCUAGCGCUUGCUAUCCUCCCUCUCAAGAACACCAUCAUAUCUCUCCCAUCGGCGAAUCAUCAUCACCGACUGUACGUGGUAACAGGUUUCAUUUGGCAACUCCUAGUAACAUUCGGUGGCCAGCAGUCAGUUCUGGAAUGCUGCAUCAGAGUCCAUUGCAGGCUGCUGCGCCACCACCACGACCACCACCAUCCUCUAACGGUAUGCUGCCAUCCUCGUCAGCGUUGUACUAUUCUCCAAGCUUCUCAUAGCGAAACGCCAUGUCGAUGAUGAUAAUAAAGCUUUGUCCUCCUGCACCAGGUUUGCAUUCAUGAAACUUUAUCUAUCAUUUUACCUUUGCAGUAGAAAUCGAACGUUUGUCGUUGGGAGAGUUAUUGUAGAUGAAGUAACGAGCAGAGCUGAGAUCGAAAGGAAAGGUUCAGUUGGUUGUACUGUUCUGAUGUACUGAGAAAUGGGGAAGAGAGAAGACAAAGCAUAAUUUUAUGUAGCUUGGGGAGGAUAGAUAUAUAGAGAGAGGUACCCUUUUCCUUUGUUUUUUGCCUGUGUCAAAAACACUCUGAAGCCUUUCUUCUACAAGUUGACUGGACAAUCAAAUGUAUAAGCAUCAUAAAAGCUAAAAAGUGAUAGAAGAAAGAAGCCCAUGAAUAAUAUAUAAGCAGCUUUUGACCCCUCUCUGCUGCAAGGAACCUUUGGCUUCAAAAAGUCGGUAAAUUUUACCACUUUUACUGUUUUACCUAUACAUAAUAUGUGAUGUCGUAUGUCAUGCAUUUUCUUCUACUUUGUCAUUUAUUCUUUUACCUCAUUGAGUA